AUGGGAGGUUGCUGCAUGCCGGGGCACUGCUCGGCAGAUGUGGUCAUGGCCUCCUGUGGGGGCCCUGCUCUGGCUUUGGUGACCGCUGGCACCUGCACAGAUGUUCGCUGCACGCCCAUCGAGGAGCGGGAGGAGUGCGAGAAGGCGGCCCGAGCCCUGGGCUUGGCUUCGAGUCCGGCGCAGCUGCGGCUGUCGAAGCAGAUCCCCGGCUUCUGCUCCUGGGAGUACGCCACGGCGGACAACGGGUCCCCGGUGCUUUGGCUCAACAAGGCAGGCGGCGACAAAGACGCCACGGAGAAGCAUCCCCAGCUCUGCCGCUGUGGGGAAGCGAGGCCGCUGCGGAUUUACAAGUGGUCAGUGGGCGAGUGGAGCGUGUGCAGUCGCUCCUGCGGCACCACAGACGGCAUUUCAGGAUUCGCCAGUGGCCAAGUUCUGGCCCACUUUCUUGGGGAAAGGUGCUCGUUUUUGAACGCGUGUUUUGGCUCGUUUUUGAACGCGUGUUUUGGCUCGUUUUUGAACGCGGUUUUGCUCAAGUGUAUGUGA